AUGCCUUUCACGCCUAUCAAUACUUCGCUGGGAGCAUUGCUUCUAUACCAGGGUUCCUACGGACUCCUCCAGAACAAUGGCCGAGUCUUUGGUAUCUCCUCUCUGCUCUCGGGCUGUGUGGGAAAUCCAAACAAGCAGAAUGUCCCGGUGAUCCUGGGAAUGGUAUCGAGCAUUGUUCCGGUAUAUCUGCUUGCGCCAUCACUUCUACCGCCGUAUGCUACCCCGCCAGCAACCUUGGAAGCGGUGCUCGCUUUAGCAGGAAUUGGCUUCUUGGUUGGCUGGGGAACGAAGAAUGACAAUGGAUGCACAUCUGGCCAUAUGCUCUGUGGUAUCUCUCGGAUUUCACCACGGUCUUUCAUCGCAACCGGAAUCUUCUUUAUGACCGCACUCAUUACAGCCAAUCUCGGAAUCGGGGCGACCUUAUCCCCUUCGCCUGAUGGAACCCCGGUCUACAUGCCCGUCUACCCUACCACCGACGAGCUGGCGUUUAUGUCCUCUGCCGUCGCCAUUUCGCAGGCAAUCAAUUCCUUUAUAGUUCCGGCCGUACUACCACGUUACACCAACUCAGGAGUUGUCUACAGUUGCAUCGCUGGACUCCAAUUCGGCCUUGGUCUACUCAUCAGCGGCAUGGCCAACCCCGAAAAGGUCCUUGGAUUCUUUAGCUGGUUCAAUCCUGCCACUUUCGAUCCCUCUCUUGCAUUAGUUAUGGUAUUCGGUGUGGGGCCGAAUCUUCUAUCGUACCUGUACAUGAAGACCGAAUAUGGAAACGAGGAGGGCAAGAAGCCGCCACUUUUGGCUGACAAGUUCAACUUACCAACUGCGACGGUAGCAGAUAUUGAUUGGAGAUUCGUUGCUGGGGCUGUUGCGUUUGGUGUUGGAUGGGGGCUGAGUGGUGUAUGCCCUGGGCCUGGCCUGCUGAGAUCUGUUCUUACGCCGCUUUGGGGUGCACCAUGGCUGGCUGGCUUCUGGUUGGGUAGCCUUCUAGGCAUAUAA